ACUGCCCUGGGCCAGCUCACUUGAGCCGGCUGGGCCGCCUGGCCAAACACGAGCCUCUCCCCUGUUGUAUCAGAUGCUGCUCUGGGGACCUGCGCCAGGAGUCUCUGCCAGGGCUUUAAAUAGCCCCAUUGAUCUGGCUGCGAGCAGCAGCAGCCACACUAGGUCAGCGGCCUUUCAGCACUCAGGUUCCCCUGAGGACUGGAGUCAAGUGCCAGGGAAUUGCAUGAUCUUCCUUAUGACCUGGUGCUCCCCACACCUGUCUCCUAGGCCUGGGGAGUGGGGAGGGCUCCUGUCACUUCAUUUGUGGCAAAAGACAGGCCCCAACACUUAAUAGAGAAAACUGCCUGGUGUUGUAGAGAGGGGGAUUUUGCCCUCAAAAGACUGUUGAGGGCUUUCGCUAGACUGAGGAAUGACACUGAUAUCUUCCUUCAGGGUUGUUAUGGGGAUUAAAUGUACCUAAAGUGCUCCACUGAGCUCACUCCAUUGAUGGUUGUCUUUGCUCACAGUGUCUUCCUGCUGCUGCUUGUGCUGCUUCUAUGCUUAACAUUCUCUCUCUCUCUGUCCUGUCUCUCCUCUCCCCCGCCCCACCCCCCUUUCUGACAAAGCCACCACCAUUUUGUAAGGAACUGUAGCUUCUCUCUGAAACUGCCGGGAAAGGGAAAAUCUUUUUAAAAUUGACGUCACACAACCAACAGGGUCCCCUAGGUUCAGACGGGGAGGUGAGAGGAACGGCGUAGCACAUGCGGGGAUGCUCCUCCCUUCUCAUCCUUCCCAGCUAAGGAGAAGGUCACUUUCUCUUUAAAUGCAAAUUAACUCCCUCCAGCUUAGCUUCCACCCAGUGGUGUUCCCAGGAGGAGAGGGCGGAGGGCGGAGGGAACUUGCACUGAAGAAGCAUCACUCGAGACCCCAAACCUCCAGGUGUGAGGCCCAGACAGCACCCAAUGGAUGACAAGAAGAAGAAACGGAGUCCCAAGCCCUGCCUGGCCCAGCCAGCCCAGGCCCCAGGCACACUACGCAGGGUCCCUGUGCCUACCAGCCACAGCGGCUCCUUGGCCCUAGGACUUCCUCAUCUGCCAUCCCCUAAGCAGCGGGCCAAGUUCAAGAGAGUAGGCAAGGAGAAGUGCCGCCCAGUGCUGGCCGGAGGUGGAGGUGGCUCUGCAGGCACGCCCCUGCAGCACUCCUUCCUGACCGAGGUGACUGAUGUCUAUGAGAUGGAGGGGGGACUCCUGAACCUGCUCAAUGAUUUUCACUCGGGACGGCUGCAGGCCUUUGGGAAGGAAUGCUCCUUUGAGCAGCUGGAGCACGUUCGGGAGAUGCAGGAGAAGCUGGCUCGGCUGCACUUCAGCCUAGACGUAUGUGGGGAGGAGGAGGAGGAUGAAGAAGAAGAGGAUGGGGUCACUGAGGGGCUGCCGGAGGAGCAGAAGAAGACGAUGGCUGACCGUAACUUGGACCAGCUGCUUAGCAAUCUGGAAGACCUGAGUAAUUCAAUGUAUCCUUUCCAAGGAACCCAACUGUGUGCAUGUUCCUGCGAGGUCAGUUUCCUCCUCCCCAGCACCCUCCAGGAGUGUUCACACACAACCAACUUCCCCACCUCUUGCACUCUUGUCAGAUUUAGCCAGAUUGCCCGAAUGCCCAGGUACAGGAAUUUAGAAUUUCCCCAAAAUUAGAAGAAAAGUGGUUGCUGACACUCAAGGGAAUGACUCAAAAAAAAAAAAAAA